UCUUUUCUGAGCCAAAAAGGGUGAGAGGAUCAGAGUAGUUACCGUGAUCCAUUGUUGUUAUCUCUCUAAUUUUUCUUUCUAUCCCUCUCUCUAGAAUUUUCUAUCGUCUCAUUCUCCUCACAAAUUAGGGUUUUUGCGAAUCUCUUUAUUCUUUGAAAAAUCAAAUCCAACGGUUCAGCCAUGGUUUCCGAUUCAAUCGCCGCCGCUCCGAUUCUUUCAGCCGCCAACACUAAGAACCCAGGCAAAAAGAAGAGGACCAAUAGGUCCGCGAAAUUGAAGCAGUAUAAGAUUGACGCACGUCGCGAACAAUGGUUAUCUCAAGGUGCGGUGAAGAAUAAGGGAUGCAAAGACGGAAUUGACGAUGAUGGCCACGUGCCGUCGUUGCCGGUGGGGAAACAUAGCAAACGUGAAUUGGAGAAAGUGGAGACAAGGCGCAGAGGCGAAGACGAUGACGUGUCGAUCCAUCAAGACAGUGAUUCUGAAUCACCGUCGAACAGUCCUAUCAGUUCUAAUAGUAGUGUCUUGUGUGGUAAUGAUUCCGGGACGAAUUUCACCGGCAGCAGCAGCGGUGGAAGCAGCAGCAGUAGUUCUAGCAGUGGCGGAUGUUACUCCGGGAAUAUUACGGAAGAGGAGGAAGAUGAUGAUGAAGAAGUAGAAGAAGGUGAUGAUGAAUGUUUGGAUGAUUGGGAGGCUGUGGCAGAUGCUUUAGCCGCCGAUGACAAGCUUCAAACCUCUUCACAAGAUGAACCCGUUGUAGAAACAGAUUCAUCUUGUGAAGUGACUAACGGUUCGGGUGUAGGAUCUAUGAGUUCAAAACCAGGGAGUGAUGGAGUGCUUCCUUGGGCAUCUGGUAAUAACAAAGCUUGGAGGGCUGACGAUGCUUUUCGUCCUCAGACUUUGCCCAAUCUUUCCAAGCAGCAUAGUAUGCCGAAUCCAGACCGGUGUUGUGGAGGAGGUAUUCCCUGGUCUCGCAAUUCUGUGCCAUCCAAUUGUCCAAUAUGCUGUGAGGAUCUCGAUUUAACCGACUCGAGUUUUCUUCCCUGCAAUUGUGGUUUCCGGCUUUGCCUCUUUUGCCACAAGAGGAUUCUUGAGCAGGAUGGUCGUUGUCCUGGGUGCAGGAAGCAAUAUGAAUGUGAACCUAUCGAGACAGAGGCAAGUGUGCACGGAGGUAGCCUUACUCUUCGGCUGGCACGCUCUGUUAGUAUGAUUGAAAGGUCUUAAGAGAUUUAUCUGUUUUCAUUAGUUUGUGUAUGCCGCUGUCUCUCCUUUUUGCAUUAUUUGCAUUGUAUGUACUUUUUAGGUUGAAAUUUCUAAUUUUCAUAGUUCUAGUUGGUUUAGGUCAUGAGUUUUUUUUAGCACCACGAAAUCAAGUUGUUUAUCAUUUCAUCUCACGGUGCAUGUGUUAAUGUAGAAUACUCAUGUUGGUAUGUGAAUACAUAAGGUGGUAUAGAAUUUCAAUACAUCGAAAAUAAUGGGUUACAUCAUGCUGUGGCAUAAUUCCUUCAGGCUGCUACUUCACAUUUUGUGUACAGUUUUUGUAUUCAAAAUUCCAAAACUUUGCAGUGUCGUUGUUUGGUUGAACAUGCUUGCAAUUAUGUGUUAAUUCAAUUUUGCUUGUGUUGCUAUGUGUUGUGUUUAUUUUCCUUUCUUAACUUUUACAGUUAUUGACAAAUAUGCUAAUAAUCACUAUGCAAAUUAUUUUUCCUGUAAUUUUAUUGUUUAUAAUGUUCUUUUGACCAUAUGUUUUACUGUCUCUGAAGUAUGAAUGAGUCAGAAGUUCUUUUGCCGCCUCGUUGUUUGGAGACAGUAUUGUUUGUGAAAUUGUGUAACAUUCUCAUGUAAUCAGUUUCUAUUUCAUUUAAGAGAUGUCUUGGCAGUGUUAACAAAGCUCCUAAGGUUUAGUGUACGGACAGGACCCUAAAAUGCCUCCAAAUAAUCAUUCAGCAAACUGGCCCGUGGGUUGUUUUUGAACAUCAAGGGCGGUACAGUACAGAAAUACUAUGUUAGUCUGUUUUGUUUUUCUCUAUUAUUGCUUUAAAUUUGACAAUUUUUGCAAUGAAAAAUUGAAAGUGACUGCUUUGUCAGUGUUAGCUAACUUUGUAGAUACAUCUUAUUUAAAUAUUCUCAUGACAUUUGAAUAUUGGUUUUGUUUCCUGAUGAUUCUCUUCUAGGAACCAAUAUACUUUUUGUAAGUAUAAGUUUGAAGGCUGGUCAAUAGGGUUUUCAAGUUUUUCAAGGUAUGAUCUAGUCGCGGCGAAUGAAUAAUCUGUCCUUCCUGUUUCCCUGGGGUUCUGAUAAUUGUUCUUGACUUGUUAUGUUUCGUUUCAAUCAACCACUAUCAGAUCAUCAUCAUAAAAUAUCAUGUACUUACCAAACACAUUGUGAAUUCUUCUUUGAAAAUCCUUCCGGCAAUAGGAUUAUGGAUAUUCCUGGUUAUAUAAAUAAUUUUAUACCUUGAAAAAAACGCCUCCUUAGGUGCUAUCUGGUUGAGAAGAUGUAUUGUCGGAUGGUAGGUGAUUGCUCUUUGGAAUGAAAGCCGCAUUUACUUGUUUGCCAUAAUGAAAAAUUGAGAAGAGUGAAGAUUUAAUUGGCUGAAUUUUGCAGAUUUUGUCUCAUUGUUUAAUAAAGACCUAUCUCAUCUUUGGGUCUUUGUGGUAUAUAGAGUAUAUGCUUUUCACAA